CUACUUUGAUUUUCGGACAGGCACUUGUUAUAUAAAAUCAAAGAUAAAUAUAGUACAAGGCAGUGAGAUAGCAUAAGUUUAAGUGACACAUCUAUAAAAUGAAAUGUAUUAUGGUCCGAGCUGAAACAUAAUCGAGGGCAAAGAAGAACUCUCUGGUGCAAUCUACCACACAACUAUUUCUUAUUUUCCGGGGUCAAAAGAUUCAGGCAUAUUGGAGAGGAGGAUCUCGGGAAGCUGAUGCUGCUCUCAACCACAGUACUCUUAUUUCUUAUUUUCCGGCCAAAAUAUUCAGGAGGUUUCCCACUGUAUGGGGGACAAUGCUUCAGUAGCAAAUAUGCUUAACAAACUUUAUCAAAAUGUACAUCAAAGCUAAUCGCCUUACCAUAACAUAUGCCAAGAACUCAACAAACACUAAAACAAUCCUUGGAACAGAUCCAAGACAACUUUGAAAAGAGUAUAUUUUAACAAUCUGUGGAGAGACACAACAACUGUUGCGAAAAUAUUUCUGUUGUUUCUAAUUAUGUGGAAGAAAAUACCACCAGACGUGUUAUUCACAAAAGCUCAGCUCCUAUUUGUUUCCUUUCUUAAAUCUUCUCAAUCAUAAAGCAAAAGAGCAGUAUACAAAAACAAAGAGAGGAACUGCGACGUGUCAGUGGGCUUUGGCUGUGAGUUGUGGCAUUUGAGAGAGAAGGAUUCUACACAUUGAUAUCACACUUGUAUCUCUUGGAGUCUGAAAUUCAGGGCAGUGAACUCGGAGAUGACUGCAGCCUUUGAGAAUGGAGAUCUGGUCAAAGAGUUGCUAAUUGACAUUAAUGAAAACGUUAAGCCCGAGCCGAAUCCUGAUCGGUGCUGUAUUUUCAGGGUGCCUAAAAAGAUUCGUAGUGUAAAAGAAGAACUCUACACUCCUGAGUUAAUUUCUAUUGGUCCUCUUCACCAUGACAAACCAGAAUUAGCUGAUAUGGAAAUGAAAAAAAAACAAUUUAUGAAAAGCUUUCUUCAACGAACAACAACCGAGAAAAUAGAUAAGAUUUUCAGCUACAUCAAGGAUAAUGAAGAACAGAUUCGUGUUUGUUAUUCAGAAACAUCUACACUUGGGAGUCUUGAGUUUGUUAUGAUGAUUCUAUAUGAUUGUAUCUUCAUCAUGGAAAUCUUCUUAAGAAAGAGAUUUCAAGAUAGAAGUGAUAUAGAUACAAACCCAAUAAGAUAUAGUUUAUGGAUCGACUUGCAAUUAUUUGAAAAUCAACUUCCAUAUUUUAUCCUUGAGGAAAUAUACAAGUUGGCUUUCGUUGGCAUCGACUUACCUACCUUCAUGGACCUUUCUAUUGAUUUCUUUGGCGGCUUUAUCGGUGUAAAAUUGAGUAGAAUAACUCCCGAGCUGGGAGUUAAACAUUUCACUGAUUGGAGAAGAAUUAGUCUACUCAAAGGCUAUCCAAAUUCAGCUUUAGCCAAAAGAGUGAUUUAUGAUUUAUCUUGUACAGUGAACCUACAUGAGUCAGGGAUAAAGUUUAAAGGUAUUAUUAAAAAAGAACAGAGCUUACUUGAUGUAAAAUUUGAAAAACGAUGGCAACAGAUCCCAUUUUUUGAAGUCUAUGAAUUGCAGAUACCACACUUGAUUAUAGGUGAUGAGACUGAAUUUCUACUCAGAAAUAUUAUUGCUUUGGAGCAAUGUAUUUACCCAAAUAACGAUCUGGUUUGCAAUUACGUUGAACUGAUGGAUUCUCUUAUCAAUAGUGUGAAAGAUGUGGAUUUGCUUGUUGGAAAUCAAAUUAUUUCCAAUCAUAUGGGGGACAAUGUUUCAGUGGCAACUAUGUUUAACGCACUUGGUCAAAAUGUGAUUACAAGCACAUCGCCUUACCAUAACUUAUGCAAGGAGCUCCAAGAACACUACAACAGUCCCUGGAACAGAGCCAAGGCAACUUUGAAAAGAGUAUAUUUCAGCAAUCCAUGGAGAGGCACAGGAACUGUCACAGCAAUAAUACUCUUGCUUCUUGCUGUCACAGGAACUGUAUGUUCUAUCUUGCAAGUCGUGUAAUUUUGAUUGAUAAUUGUAUUAGAUCUAAAAUCUACUUGUAUUACUGUAAUAUUCAGUGUCAAGCUCCUUGUUUUAAUGAGAACAAGCGUUUUUAUACUUUCUAGUUCAAUAUUUCUUCCCUUUUCCUUCC